AUGGACGGACCGUACACGUUCCCGACGCACCGCCUCGCGCGGCUCGAAGGCGCCAACGCCGACAAGACUCCCUUGGUCCUCGUCGCCUGCGGGUCCUACUCGCCGGUGACCUUUCUCCACCUGCGACUGUUCGAGAUGGCCCGCGACGAUGCGCACUUCAACACCUCGUUCCACGUCGUCGGCGGGUACCUCUCUCCCGUCAACGACAAGUACAACAAGCUCGGUCUCGCGUCGGCCAAACACCGCGUCGCCAUGUGCGACCAGGCCGUGAGCGACACGAGCGAUUGGUUGAUGGUCGAUCCGUGGGAGGCCAGGCAGCCGCGGUACCUGCCCACGGCGCAGGUGCUGGACCACUUUGACCACGAGUUGAAUACGGUCCGGGGAGGAGCGGACGUCGUCGUCAGGGACGCACGGACGGGCGAGACGCGUGUCGAGAAGAGGAGGGUCAGGAUCAUGUUGCUGGCGGGGAGCGACUUGAUCUUGACCAUGUCGGAGCCGGGCGUCUGGGCCGAGAAGGAUUUGCACCACAUCCUCGGCAUCUACGGCUGCUACAUCAUCGAGCGAUCCGAGUCGGAGCUCGACCAGUCGAUCUUCUCGUCGUCGUCCGUCCACUCGCGUUCGCCGCUCGCGCUGUACCGGCACAACAUCCACAUGGUCGAGCAAACAGUCCGGAACGACGUCUCGUCGACCAAAGUCCGCCUGUUCAUCCGCAAGGGCAUGAGCGUCAAGUACCUGAUCCCGAGCGUCGUGAUCCGGUACAUCAACCGACACGGGCUGUACCGCACCGCCGACCGCCGACGAUCUUCCCUCGCGCAAGUCGCGCCCACCGCUUCUCCCUCGCUCGUGCCUACCCUCCGCGAGUCUGGCGCACCAGCGGACGACAGUGCGGUCGUGUUUGAGGACGAUGAGGGCGACGAGGCGGAGAAGGAGCGGGAGAAGGAGCGGAGGGUGGAGAGGCAGAGAAGGGAGGGGGCGAGUGGGAGCCCUGAGCACGCGCAGCAGCAGGAGGGGCAAGGGGACGUCGAGAUGGUUGCUUCGACGUCCGCCUCAUGA